AUGCAACAACUGGCGAAAUUAGAAAAUACUUUUUCACAAACACAUUAUCCAAGUAUAUUUACAAGAGAAGAUUUGGCAAUGAAAAUUAACUUGACCGAAGCGCGGGUUCAGGUAUGGUUCCAAAAUCGUCGUGCCAAGUGGCGUAAAGCAGCACGACUUAGAAGUGACUUUAAUUUAAAGAAAAAUGAAGAGAUAGAAAUAUGCGAAGUUCAGUCUAACGAUGGAGAACAAGACAAUAUAAAUGAGGCAACAAAAAUUAGUAAAAUCGGUACUGAUACUACUUCUGAUGAAAUGAAAGUGGAUAAACUUGAAAGAAAAUCAGAAAGUUUUCAAGAAGCAAAGCAAAAUAGUGACGAUAUUAAAAUGAAAGAACACCAACAAAUUAUUUCUGAAUUAAAAGCAGAUUGUGACGUUAAAGCUUUGUCCAGCAAUCUCAAUACCAGAUGUUCAAUAACUAAUGAAAUUCUUCAGAACACCAUGACCAAUAAUAUCAGUAAGUAA